AUGCCAUCAGUGCGGGGCAAAGGCCGACCAUCCCUUCGGCAGGGACUUGACAAGGAAGUCUUCCAGGUCAUUCGCAAGCUUAUCGACGAGCAGCCGGGCGAAAAUCCGAACCUUUCGGUUUACACCGUGUCCGACUGGAUUAAGCGCUCAAAUUCUUCGCUCGCGAGGAGACCACGAAAACAGCUCGAGGACAGCAUUGAGCGCGUGCUGGACGUCAUGAAGGAGGACGAAGCCAGUGGAGACGAUGAGAUGGCGCCGAUCGAUGCCGAUCUCGGAGACGAGCAGGAGAAGGAACAACACGUCGCAUCGGAAAAUGCAAUGAAUGUAGCGUUGCGCGGGAAUCUGGCCAAGCAGACGGCUACUGCCGAGGCGGCUGCGAAGAAGCGGGACGGCCAGCGGCUGCCUGACGGUCAACCGGUCAAGAAGAAGAGGAAGGGUGAAUCGAAGACGGAAAUCAACACCGCGCCCCCAACGCACAUAAAGCUGGAGGAUGUUGGCGGUGUUGGACACGUGAAGCGCCAGCUCAAGGAGCUUCUUGUGCUACCAUUGCUCCGCCCAGAAGAAUACACAGCUGCCAAAAUCCCUAUCCCUCGUGGCAUCCUUCUGCACGGUCCACCUGGAUGUGGUAAAACCAUGAUCUCCAAGGCAUUUGCGGCCAAGAUGGGUGUACCGCUGAUUGAGAUCCUGGGUCCAUCUGUCGUAUCUGGAAUGUCCGGAGAGUCCGAGAAGCAAGUGAGAGAGCAUUUCGAAGAGGCUCGGAGGAAUGCACCGUGUCUGUUGUUCAUCGAUGAGAUCGAUGUCAUUGCUCCGAAGAGAGAUACAUCACAAAGCCAGAUGGAGAAACGUAUCGUUGCACAGCUGCUCAUUUCCAUGGACAGUCUGGCUAUGGAGGGAAAUGAUGGCAAACCUGUCAUUGUUCUUGCUGCCACGAACCGGCCUGACAGUCUUGAUCCGGCCCUAAGAAGAGGCGGUAGGUUCGACACGGAAAUCAACAUGGGUGUUCCGAAUGAAAAGAUGAGGGAACUCAUCCUUCGCGCUCAAACGCGAGAGGUCAAGGUCGCCGACGAUGUCGAUUUCACACACUUGGCGAAGAGAACUGGUGGAUUCGUGGGUGCUGAUCUGCGAGAUCUUGUCGGCAAGGCCGGUUCAUGGGCGAUGGAUCGUUACAGGGAGGCUCUCGAAAGACAGGGUCGGGAAGCAGAGCAGGAGAUGGAUAUUGACGGUGGCGAAACAAUGGAGGGAGAUGAGGAUGACCAAAGUAUCACUCGGCUUGUGCAGGUUGCCAAACGGCGAGAUCUACCGCGUCCAGUUGGGUUUGAAACACUUGCCAUCACCAUGGAGGCAUUCAACUCGGUCCUUCCCGGCAUCCAGCCUUCUUCCAAGCGUGAGGGCUUCGCUACGGUACCUGACACGACAUGGGAAGAUAUUGGCGCUCUGCAAGACAUCCGCGAGGAACUUCAGAUGGCCAUCGUCGAGCCGAUCCAGCACCCCGACAGAUACAAGCAGGUUGGUAUCACAGCGCCAACAGGCGUGUUGCUCUGGGGGCCUCCAGGAUGCGGAAAGACGCUUCUGGCAAAGGCAGUGGCCAACGAAUCCAAGGCCAACUUCAUCAGCGUCAAAGGACCAGAACUGCUCAACAAAUACGUCGGAGAAUCCGAGCGCGCUGUUCGUCAGGUCUUCUCUCGUGCACGUUCUUCCGUCCCCUGCGUCAUCUUCUUUGACGAGCUUGACGCGCUCGUACCAAAGCGCAACGAUUCCCAGUCCGAAGCAUCCACUCGGGUUGUCAACACGUUGCUUACUGAGCUCGAUGGCUUGAGCGCUCGCGAGGGAAUUUACGUCAUUGCUGCCACGAACCGUCCUGACAUGAUCGAUGACGCCAUGCUGCGACCUGGUCGCCUGGAAACAAUGCUCUUCGUUGGCCUGCCCGGCCCCAGCGAGCGCGCAGAGAUCCUCAAAGCUCUCAUCAAACGCACUCCGAUUGAUGACAAGUACGCAGAAUUUGGAAAGUGUUGCGAGAACUACUCAGGUGCAGAUCUUGGCAGCUUGUUGAGACAGGCUGGCCAGAACGCGCUCAGGCGCAAGAGCAGUGUGGUCUUGGAGGAGGACUUCGAGAAGGCUAAGCAGAAGAUCGUGCCGAGUGUGGGAGAUUUGUUGAGGUAUGAAGUGUUGAAGAAGAAGUUGUCUUCGAGGGUAUAG